AUGGAGCUGGCAGCGGGCCAGGCAGAGUCAAAGGGUCUGGGCCAAAGCGGAGGGUCUGCAAGGAAAUCGAAGCAUCCCAACAGCCUCUACCGAAAGGUAAGGUGUGGGAGUCAUAAAGCCAUGGCAAAGGCUUGUAAUAUUGCAGGGUGCCCCCUGACCUCGGCUGACCAGCACUCUGAGCUUUACAAUGUAUUGGAAUGUAUUGACCUUAAAUGGAGUUGUGUUUCCUCUGGGAGGUGAUGACCCUAUAUGGUGAUGGGUGUAAUAAAAGCCUUGACCCGAUGAGGUAACGUGAGACAUUGGCGAACGGCCAUGCGGCUGGAGAGAGACAAAGGAUAAUAAAAAAGCUACGGGAGAGGAGAGAAGGUCGAAAAGGAGCUGCUCAUACCAUCCUGAAAAUAUUGCUGGCUCUCUGUGUCUUUAUUUUAUGCUAAACUGCGCCAUUUGUAACGGCUGGCUCCGACAGUAAGGAAACAGAGAUGCCUCAUCUCCUUCCGCCGGUUGAUCGCAUUCGCAGCAUCUAACAGAGCAAAGUCCCGUUUUGCCCUGAAUCGUGCGCCAAAGAGGUAGCAUUCAACCAGGGCUGCGCCUGAGCCCCGGAUUGACUGCAGGUGAACUUCUAGGACUUUUCACUCAGCUGCCGCUGAGCUCCUGUGCUUUGCUGCGUUUCUUCUCCAGGAUGCUGCAUGUAGUUCUCCCCAUUUUUAUCCUUCCUGCGUGAGUGGGGGACUAGAGACCCUGUUUCCCAGGUUUUAGACCAACGACUUUUUAAAAAAAUAAUAAAAAAAAAAUUAUUGAUUUUAACAUACAAAUUAUAAAAUGUACCACAAAACUUAUCACUUAUACAAUCUUUUUAGACUUCCAUCAGCACCUCUGAUGAUCCACCGUUUUAACCACUUAUUAUGCAUUUCUUAACUUUAUAUUGCCUUUACAUCUCUUAACAAAUCAUCCUUCCCCUUCUCCAUUUUUGCAAUACUUCCAAUAAUACUCCUCACAAAACUUCUUGCAAACCUACAAACAUCGUCUGAUCUUCACAAAUACUUUUCAAAUAGUCCGUAAAUUUACUCCAGUCUUCCGUGAAUUUCUGGUCCCGCCGGUUUCAAAUCCUUCCUGUUGGUUUAUCUACUUCUGCAUAGUCCAUCAACUUCAUCCUCCAUUCUUCAAUCGUAGGUAAUUCUUCUUGCUUCCAUUUUUGGGCCAAUAAUAUUCUUGCUGCUGUUAUUGCAUAUAAAAAGAGCUUAUAUUCCUUUCUAUUUAUAUCACUCCCAACAAUGCCCAAUAAGAAUGCUUCUGGUUUCUUUAUAAAUGUAUAUUUCAACAUUUUUUUCCAUCUCAUUAUAUAUCAUCUCCCAGAAGCAUUUCACCUUUUUACAUUCCCACCACAUGUGAUAAAAUGUUCCCUCUUUUUCUUUACAUUUCCAACAUUUAUUGCUGACUUUAUACAUUUUUGCUAACUUAACAGUUGUAAUAUACCAUCUAUACAUCAUUUUCAUCACAUUUUCUUUUAGGGCAUUGCAUGCAGUAAAUUUUAAACCUUCUUUCCAUAAUUUUACCCAAUCGCUGAGCUGUAUAUUAUACCCAAAAUCUUUGGCCCAGUGAAUCAUAACCGACUUAACCUCCUCGUCCUUCAAAUGCCAUUCAAGCAGCAAUUUAGACAUUUCAGACAAAAUUUUUAAAUCAUUACUUAAUAUCUCUAAUUCAAACUUUGAACCACUUUCAUCAAAUCCUUUUUCCUUAGAGUCCUGUUUAAACAGGUUUUAGACCAACGAUCUAACCACUACACAACACUGCCUCUUUCUGUAGAGUCCUUUUUCCUCACCUGUGAGCCACCAUGGCCAUCGUGCACCAACUGUGGGGCUGGACACCACCAGGAAAGCCAAUGCCAAGCAAGCACAUUUGCAGAAAUUAAUGAUCGAUAUGAAAAUAGCUUCUCUGUUGUUGCCAUCAGUCUUGCAGACUCCCCUCCUCCUCCCCAAACCUUUUAACAUUGCUACUGAGAAAUGAUUAGCUUUGUUGGUGUGCUUGAUGGAUAAUCUGGAGUGGUGAGGGACAGAUGGCAGAUUAUUUUGGGAUCCAGGGAAGGAAGGGUCUUAUCCAAGCCAUUCAACAGGCUUUCCAAGCAAUAUGGGAGGUGGGGGGCAGAUCCAUUGAAUUUCAGGGGAUUUGUUUCUGAGUAAACAGGCUUGGAAUUGUGUUCUGAGGACACACUGUACAAUUAAGUCUAUGUGCUGGUAAUGGCAUCAGUUCAGAGCAUUUGCACGUGUGUGUUUUCCCCGGCUCCAAAAUUCAAAAUUAUACAGUAAAGACAAGCAGCUGUGGCACAGAGUGGAUACAAAUCUGUUUCAGCUUUGCAAGGCAGGCAAGGUGGGUCAGGAUCUCCUUUCUGGGUGGUUCAGCAAUGCAGGUUGUUCAAAGGAAGAAAGAAAGAGGAAACUAGGUUGUUGAACUGUUGUGUGAAAGGACUGUGAACUCAGUUUUAUUUUUUUUAUUUCCCCCCAAUAAUAUUUAUUAAGUUGCAUACAAAAAAAUCACAUACUAUAAAACCAAUAAAAAAAGAAAUAAAACGAAUAAUAACAAAAAUAUAACCACAAACACAUAAAUAAAAAUUAAUUAAUUAAUUAAACUUCCAACCUCAUAAACAUAUUACUUGACUUCCUCUAAUCUCUUCCAUCUGAAUUUCCUUGCAACUAAAUGUAGCAGUUUUCCAAUAUCAUUAUUCAAAAAACAAUAUUCCAAUUAUCAUCAACUUUCUUAACUUUUCUUAACAUUCUAUAUCUCAUUUAUUUAAUUAAAUUCUAAUUUAAACCUAGGCCUAUUUAGUACUUUCAAGUAACUUCUAGUCUUCAAUAUUACUACAUUUACUCAAAUAGUCUUUAAAUUUCUUCCAAUCUUCUUGAUAUUCCUCUUCUUUCUGCUUGCAGAUUCUCCCAGUGAGUUCAGCUAGCUCCAUAAAGUCCAUCAUCUUCAUCUGCCAUUCUUUCACAGUUGGUAAUUCUUGUGUUCUCCACUUUUGGGCUAUUAAAAUUCGAGCAGCAGUUGUGGCAUACAGAAAUACCUUUACAUCUUUCUUGGGCUGUGAACUCGUUUUUAAUACCAAAAAUAAAUUAAUGGGCAGAUCAUAUGCUCAGGGUACAUUUACCCAGCAGGUCAUCACAGCAGCUUUAUAUUACCAUGGGUCUCCUGGCUCACCCCACCCCACCCCACCCCACCCUGUGAGCAGUGCUAUUUUUCUAGAUGGCAGGUUGAGAGGAGUUCCCUACCAGGACAGACUUUGCUCGUGUGCUCAAGACAUCGAUUCCAUAAAGCAUAUUUUGCUGAACUGUACAAAAUAUGAGCAAGCCAGGGCUGAACUGAUAUUACCCUUGCUGGUACCUUUUCCGGGAAAAUCAGGGGCUCACUAUGUCAGGUUCCUAUUGGAAGACCGGGCAAAUGCUAGAACAUUAGCAGUGGCCAAGUUUUUAUCGGUGGUUGCAAGAAUGAUCCCUAUAUUCUGAACAAAAUGCUUGUUUAACCUGGAGGUAGGCUGUAUGAAGCUCAACAUCAAGAAAACGAAGAUCAUGGCCACUGGGCCCAUCACCUCCUGGCAAAUAGAAGGGGAAGAAAUGGAGGCAGUGAGAGAUUUUACUUUCUUGGGCUCUAUGAUCACUGCAGAUGGUGACAGCAGUCACGAAAUUAAAAGACGCCUGCUCCUUGGGAAAAAGGCGAUGGCAAACCUAGACAGCAUCUUAAAAAGCAGAGACAUCACCUUGCCAACAAAGGUCCAUAUAGUUAAAGCUAUGGUUUUCCCAGUAGUGAUGUAUGGAAGUGAGAGCUGGACUAUAAAGAAGGCUGAUCGCCGAAGAAUUGAUGCUUUUGAAUUAUGGUGCUGGAGGAGACUCUUGAGAGUCCCAUGGACUGCAAGAAGAUCAAACGUAUCCAUUCUUAAGGAAAUCAGCCCUGAGUGCUCACUGGAAGGACAGAUCGUGAAGCUGAGGCUCCAAUACUUUGGCCACCUCAUGAGAAGAGAAGAUUCCCUGUAAAAGACCCUGAUGUCGGGAAAGAUGGAGGGCACAAGGAGAAGGGGACGACAGAGGACGAGAUGGUUGGACAGUGUUCUCGAAGCUACAAACAUGGGUCUGACCAAACUGCGGGAGGCAGUGGAAGAUAGGAGUGCCUGGCGUGCUCUGGUCCAGGGGGUCACGAAGAGUCGGACACGACUAAACAACAACAGGCUGUAUGAAUUGUGUAUUGCUUUGUAACGAUUUGUUGGGUCUCUGGACCGUAAUGAAGGUUUAUGAUGAUGAUUUUUCUAGAAAAAGAGGUGCCAGAGCUCACCAUGAACGCCUCCCUUGUUCUCUUAUAAUGGCAAUGGCACCCACCUGAGAGGCGCUGGAACUGAAUACUGGCCAGUUCAGCUGGGGAAAAAAGCCCUGACUCUGAGGAGUAACUUCUCCUCACACUUUGGCCUAGGAUAGAGGGAAUUCUCCACAAUUUAACUUUGGGUUAGGUGAGGGUUGAAUCCUGACAAGACAGAAGUACUGUUUCUGAGGGACAAGGGGCGGGCAGGUGUGGGGGACAUAGGUGUGGGCUCAGGAGUUCAUGGUCUCCAUGUCAAUUAAGGGAUUGCCUCAAGUUGUUAAUCCAGCACAUAGCGCAGGGCAUGCCCUAGAUUUGUUGCCUUUCAGUUCUCUGAUGAGUUUCGUUUUUCUUCCCACUCGCUUCUGCCAGUCCAUCAAGCCACUGACCAAAAAACGCCGCAGGGCCCGCAUUAAUGCAAGCCUGGAGCAGCUGUGGAAGCUCCUUCAGCAGCUCCCUGAUCAACAGGUAAAGGGAGAGUUCAGUCUUUUCAGAAACAAGCUUCCCAUGUGGCCAAAACUUAACUCGGUUCCUUAGAUUUGAGAGGUGCUGGUAUUUGCAAGAACAACACCCUCCCCGCUGCACAGUCCAAAAGUUUAGCUGCAAUUGUCUAUGGCAACAAAAGCAUUUUAAAUACAAUUUGGGCGAUCCCUUGCAAAAAUUACUUAUCAAUCUCCCGUACUGGUGGAGUACAGGGUCAGGUUUAAGGUGCUGGUUUUGACCUUUAAAGCCCUAUGCUGCCAAGGACCCUCGUACCUAUGGGACCGCCUCUCCUGGUAUGCCCCGCAGAGGACCUUAAGGUCCACAAAUGACAACAUUUUGGAGGUCCCAAGUCGCAAGGUGGUUAGGUUGGUCUCAACUAGGGCCGGGGCCUUUUCAGUACUGGCCCCGACUUGGUGGAACGCUCUGCCACAAGAGACUAGGGCCCUACGGGACUUGACAUCUUUCUGCAGGACCUGCAAGACAGCUGUUCCUCCUGGCCUUUGGUUUGGACGCAGUCUGACCCUUAUGUUUCCGUCCCCUUAUGGUUUUGACUUUUAAAAUGAGGCUGCAUUUGAAAUUGCAUUUUAACCUGUAUUUUAAAUUGGUGUUGUUGUUUUAUGUUUUUACUGAAAUUUUAUUGGUGUUAGCUGCCCUGAGCCCGGCUCUGGCCGGGGUAUAAAUAAAAUUUAUUAUUAUUAUUAUUAUUAUUAUUACUACUACUACUACUGUUAGACAAACUAGUGUAAACUAGAAACAUAGAAAGUUCACAGGCCAUAACCUCCAGGAAAGGGCAGGGCUGUGUGGGUGCUUGAAAGGGUGUGGGCUACCUCUGAAAUCUUCAGAAGACAAGAAGAUAGCCGAGUAAUAAUCAGUUAUGCAAGAGCCAAGCACUCAGUGUAACUCCUUGCUUCCUCUCUUAAACUUACUAAAUGUUGCAAAUAAUAAAGUUGCAGAAUUUGGACAUAUCUUUCCCCUGCUUUUUAAAUGCAAAGCUGUGCUGCGCAGCUAGGGCUUAACCAAUCCAUUUCUGUGUCAAGAACAGGGAACCAAUGCAGUGCAGUACAGUGGUGCCUCGCAAGACGAAAUUAAUCCGUUCCACGAGAGUCUUCGUCUAGCGGUUUUUUCGUCUUGCGAAGCAAGCCCAUUGACGGAUUAGCGCUAUUAGCGCUAUUAGCGGUUUAGCGGCUCUUAAAGGCUUAAAGGCUUAGGGGAUUAGCUGCUAAAAGGCUAUUAAAGGCUAUUAAAGGCUUAGCAGAUUAGAUAAAGGGGGGGAAAAGCGAAAAAAAAAUCUCAAGACUCGCAAGGUAUUUUCGUCUUGCGAAGCAAGCCCAUAGGGGAAUUCGUCCUGCGAAGCAACUUCAAAACGGAAAACCCUUUCGUCUAGCGGUUUUUCCGUCUUGCGAGGCAUUCGUCUUGCGGGGCACCACUGUAAGUGCUGUGUGCAAUGAAUUCACUUUUGAACCCUUCCCAAAGCUCAAGGUAGAUAGGACUUUUUAAAAAGAUGAUGUGUUUUGGGCUGUUGUGUUUUAUCCUCCACAGAACGCCAGAGCCUUAUCACGUUUGGAGAAGGCUGAGAUUCUGGAGACGACGGUGCAGCAGCUGCGCAGGCUGAAGAAGCAAGGUUAGAAGUAUUUUUCCUGAGCCCUUCUUUCUGCAAGGCCAUGUAAAAAGAUGCUGAGCGCCAGCACUCAGACUGCUGCUUAUUGUCUGCCAGGGAAGCUCCUGUUCCUAACUUUCCUCUCCUCUCCUCUCCUCUCCUCUCCAGGUGCAGUUGCUGCUUCCAUUCCGCAAGACAGUCAAGAUUUUGUUUCUGGUUACUGCCACUGCGUCAAUACCAUCUGUACCUUCCUUAACUCAGCUGGCUCCUCUUCGGCACAGGAGAUGAAAUCUCAGAUCCUACAACAUUUGGAAAGGAUUUCAGGGCCCAGGUCUACCAUUACAUCAGCCCUCAAGGCCUGGCAACAAGGCAAGGCAGAGUCUCUCGCCUCCCACCAACCUUCCUUUCUGUGGGCAUCUCCUCUAACGCCUGCAGGGCCUCCUUUGGAUUCAGACUCCCCCACUCUCUCGGUUGGGUCUUGGUUGCAGUAUUCAGCUUCUAUGAUAUUGCCCCAGCUACAGAAACCUUGGAUUCAGCCAGCCUUGCUCCACGUGUGGAGACCAUGGUGA